CCUCCACCUCCACCCCCGUUGCUCUCCAGACCACCACCCUCUUCUACACUGCUACACUCAGAAUCAAUGCACGCGGCAGGCGCCACUCUCACCUUGCUCGUCUGACCUCUCCUCUCACGUUCACCAUUCAUGUCUUACGGAUACGACAGUCGCUAUUACGAGCACCCACGCCAUGAUUCUUAUUAUACAUCGCCGCGCGAUGCAGACGCAUAUGCCUACUCGCGGCACGAAGCCACUCUCGCCGACGCCCGCAGGGAACUAACAGACAUGCGCGCCAGCAAUCCCUAUACUACUUCCUACCCCUCCUACGAGCCCCGCACAUCCCGUCCCAGACAAUCCGCCUCGCAAUCAUACAGGUCACACAGACGAAAGGAAUCAUGGCCGCCUCCGCCUAGUGUAGAGGACGAGCCAGAAGCCCUGGCCAAAGAAGCUCGGUCUCAGCCACCUUCGCCAGCACAAAGCCGUGAUGAUGGUGAGCCGCCCGUCAAUACGCGGGGCACUGUCGAUCAGGAGUAUAUAUUGGACGAGAUCGAGCAGCCCAGUGCUGCACAAGGCGACGGCCGUCGCUCGAGACACAGCUCCGGGUCCGUUACAGAUCCCGAUGCGACAACACGACCCAACUCCCAUCGAGAUCGCCAUAGGAGGAGCUUCGCAGACCGUAUCAACACCGAUGUCCCAGACCCGCCCUUGUUCACAGAACGAGAGAGGAUGCCUUAUGGCUACUCACAAUCACAGAAGGAAUCGACUGCUCCUAUACCGACCGACUUUCUGCGUUCGCCAGAACCCAUGACCCCAUCCGACAGCCGUUUCGCUACUUCGGACAUGGGUCGAAUUGACCAAGACGCACAACGGCAUUCCCAUCGUAGAUCACUAACAUCUCGACCGGGUAGUAGCCGUCACAACUCUUUUGCAAACUCUCGGCCGGCAGAAAAAGAUCAUGUCUUUGACUCGGACUCAGAGACCGAUAGCACUACCCACUUACGAGCAGACCGGAAACCGGCACGCUACAGCUUCGUGCAGAACGAUCUGCAAAGAGAAGCUUUGAGAACAAAUUUACGGGACACGCAGCAUCGGCCGGAAUCGACAAGGCGCGACUCUGGGGAGCGUUCGGUACCAACCUUGCGCAAGGAAUACUCAUCCAACUCGUCAAAGGAAAAUCUUUAUGCCCAAUCUCCAAGAUCAUCCGCUUCUUCCUUGAACAACAGCGCAAAAAAGUCAAGACCCGUUCCUGUUGAUACUACCUAUGCCAACAGUCCGCGGCCCCUGUCCAGACCAAGUUCACCGUUGCCACGAACCGCCUCAUCUCAACUUCCGACGCGGUUAAAGGAGUCACCGCCUGGAACGCGCCCUUCUUCUCGAAGUGGUGGACAACCUCCUACUCCUCUAUCUCAUUCGAGCACGUUUGAGCCUCAUUCGCCCGGACGAGGUCGCUUUCCCAUUUCCGAGGCCGAUCAGCACACCAGUGUUCCCCCUGUCCGCGCUCAGGACAGAUCAAGGCCGCCUUCCAGGUACGGAAGAUACGAGACAAUGCCGGCCCCAAGAACACGCGGUGAUGUACAGAGUUCCUUACCAGCCGGGAGACCAUCCUCUUCGCACUCUGCUUUGCCAUAUCCUAUGGAUGAUCAACUCAUUGAUGUCUUGAUGCCACCGGAACAGAAUUACCAGUAUACCCAUUCACCCAUCGCUUCUCCAAGACAAGACUAUAUAGAACCUCCCACAUCUUCUUCGCCGUCUGCUGCUAGUUCCCCGUAUAUCAGAGAUUCCCAAGCCCAGCCUUCCAGACAAAGCACUCGUGAGGAACCCGGACUCUCUAGGAGGGCAAGAUCGAAUAGCAUCCGCUCCCAGGACGGUCGCAGAGACAAGUCCUUACGGAGAGUUGCUUCUUUGGACCUCAAAUCACUGCCGGACUGUCCAAGGAGCAAGGCCUCGAGAGAGUACGAUGAUUGGUACAGCCUCCGCGGCUUCAAAAAUUUCAACAUAUGUCCUGAUUGCUACAAGAGCGUUUUUUUUGAGACUCGAUUCGACGGGGAAUUCAAGCAGAUCGGGUUAGACGACUGGUCAAUCAAGCGGGCGUGUGACUUUAGUAACCCGUGGCCGCGCCUUGCGUGGUAUCUCACUGUAAAACAGCGCCUGAAGUCACUCGACUUACUUUGCGCCGUGGCAGAUAUUAUGGACACGUACAAGCCGUGCCCGGGAGAACGAGAAAAGGACACUAAUGAGGCCAGUUGGUACGGCAUUGUCAAUCAACGCGACGGCAUGUUUGUGCCCAACUUUGCCAUCUGUUCUAGUGACCGAAGAUUGGCCGAAGCCCUAUUUCCCAGCAUCCGCGGCUACUUUCCCCGUAUCACUGUUGGCUACUCAAACGUACCAAGUCGAUACACUUGCGGCUUCCGUAUGAGCUCACGUCGUCUCAUGAAGUACUUGGAGCUUCUUAUGGAGCUUGACGAAGAGGCCCAGAUAACUGGCCGCCGACCUGACAUUGACCGUUUUGUCGACCUGGCGCGCGACUAUGCUUUCAAGGGCGAGUGCGCCAGAGACAAGAUAUUGAUUCGCAAGCCAUGGUACUUUAUUCCUCAGCUCCCUGAAUUCACGGUAUGCGAGGAAUGCUACGACCGAUUUGUUUGGCCUGCCAUGCAAUCGAAAUCCCUACCCACUACGAUUCCACGCUUGUUUAACAAAUCUAUCCAGCUAGUCCCUGGCGAGGACUCGGAAGCCGGAUCAAGCUGUUGUUUGUGGAGUCCACGGAUGCGCUCGGUAUGGAUGCGUAGUGUGGAGGAUGAGGAUUUUGCAUACUUGAAACGCAAGGCUUUGGAGAGGAAGAAGGCACAGGUUGCUAAUACGAGGGAAAGAGGGGAUAUUUUGAGGGGACUGGGUAAUGCUGAGCCAGGCGAUAGCAAGUACGAAUGGGCGAAGCGUGAGUUGGACGUUUUGGACAGGGAGUGGGCUUCGUACGAAUGAGACCAUGACUGUACAUAUUGAUAUUGCUAAGCAGUGAAGAAUCAAAGUCUAUACUAUUUACCCACACACACA